CCCUUUCGUGCUUCCCCGCACAGUUUGAACGCCGCUGCUGAGUCCAGUAGGUACAUGCGCAUGCGUGUCUCUGGUGCCUGCUCUCCCUACCAAAGCCACAGGCGGCGGGUAUUUGACAUGAAGUGAGCCGGAAGUCGCUCUGCCUGCCCAUUUCCACGCGGCCCUGGCCGACACUCGAGCACUGGAAGAGAGGUUCCGGGGCUGGGCUGACCUGGCAGGAGGCGGCGGAAUGGAGACGCGGACCGAGGACGGGGGCCUCACCCGCCGCCCCACGCUGGCCUCCUCCUGGGAUGCCACGGGCAGGGCCCUGACCCACAACCUCCUUCUCACCCGGGCGGGUCUCCGCGCCCGUGACUUCUACUGGGAGGAGCUGCAGGCGCCACCUGCUCCAGGGUGCGCCGGGUCGACGGGAACGGGGUCGCUGCGCUCGAGACUGCCGCGCUCCUCGGGAAGCUGUGAGGGGCGGCGGGAGAGUCUGAGCCCUGGAUCGGGGAGAGCAGUUGGUGCCGGGUCUCUGCCGGGGAGGGGGGCUGCGAGGAGGCCCCGGGGCAUGGGCGGGGGAAGGUGACCCUGAAGGUCCCCGUCAGGCGUGACAGCUCGUCGGGGCCGCUGUCAAAGUCAGUCCGCCCUUCUACCCCCAAACAAGCCAAACUCCUAUCCACCAAAACAGGCUGUGUAAAAAGUCCAGCUAUAGACGACCGCUGUCGACUUCAUUUCGAAAAAAAUACACCUUGUCUUUUCUUGCGUUCUGCUCCCACUCCUAUACACAGUAGGUGUCCAGUAAUUUAUCGGAGAAUCAAUUGCAGGGGACUGAGUAGAACGUUGAUGAUUGAG